AUGGAUGCCACGGUUCUCAGCACCCCUGAUUACUCUGAUUAUGACAAAUGGACCUCGAACCCCGACACCAUGGUGGAUGCCUCUUCCCACAGCCACAGGCUUAAUGCCCCAGAUGUGAUCGCCCUGGUGAUCUUCGCGGCCGUCUUCCUGAUCGGGGUGCCCGGCAAUGCCAUGGUGAUUUGGGUGACAGGGUCUGAGAUCAAGCGGACCGUCAAUGCCAUCUGGUUCCUCAACCUAGCGGUGGCCGACUUCCUCUCCUGCCUGGCGCUGCCCAUCUUGUUUACAUCCAUCAUCCAGCACAACCACUGGUCCUUCAGUGACGCCGCCUGUCGAAUCCUGCCCUCUCUCAUCCUUCUCAACAUGUACGCCAGCAUCUUACUCCUGGCCACCAUCAGCGCCGACCGCUUCCUGCUGGUGUUCAAUCCCGUCUGGUGCCAGAACUACCGCGGGGCCCGCCUGGCCUGGGUGGCCUGCGCCGUGGCCUGGAGCUUGGCUCUGCUGCUGACCAUACCUUCUUUCGUGUUCCGUCAGAUCCACGUAGAGCACUUCCCGCCCAAGACGACGUGUGUUGUUGAAUACGGUAGGGACAAUGUGUACGUGGAGAAGGCCGUGGCCAUCGUCCGGCUGGCCGUGGGCUUCCUGGGGCCGCUGGUCACGCUUGCCAUCUGUUACACCUUCCUCCUGAUUCGGGCGUGGAGCCGCGCUGCCACGCGCUCCGCCAAGACGCUCAAGGUGGUGGUGGCCGUGGUGACCAGCUUCUUUGUCUUCUGGCUGCCCUACCAGGUGACGGGGAUGAUGCUGGCCUUUUUCCAGGCACACUGGGACAGCUUCAAACUCGUGUCCAGUCUAGAUGCCCUGUGCGUCUCCCUAGCUUACAUCAACUGCUGCAUUAACCCCAUCAUUUACGUGUUCGCCGCCCAGGGCUUUCACGCCCGGUUCCUGAAGACCCUCCCCGCCAGGAUCCGGGGCGUGUUGACUGAAGAGUCGGUGCGCAGGGAGAGCAAGUCCCAGACGCUCUCCACGGUGGAUACCCCGGCCCUGAAGAGCCAGGCUGUGUAA